AUGACUUGGGAACAAAAUCUGGCAGCGACAGCGCUGGGUGUCCUCGCUCACCUGGGGGUCUUCAUUAGAGGAGAAUGGCAUCUCCGUGCCCCCAGUGUAGUUACCUGCCAUGUGGCUGUCCUAGUCACAGGCAUCUCUUUGCAUAUCCAUAAAAGCUCCGAAGCGGCAAGUUCCAUAACGGCAUGGUGGCUGCAAUGUUUCUUAUAUUACUUGUUUGGCAUGUUCACUAGCAUCACCAUAUACCGUCUGCUCUUCCACCGAAUUCGUCAUUUUCCUGGCCCGCGGGCUGCAGCAGCAAGUAAACUGUGGAGUGUUUACCAGUGUCGGGAUUCACGCAACCACUUGCUGCUCGAUGGAUUGCACAAGAAAUAUGGUAACUUUGUGCGGACAGGCCCCGCUGAGAUCACCAUUUUCCACCCCAAAGCUUGGGAGGCCAUGGAUGGAGCCGGUAAUGCCAACGUCCGGUCCGAUUGGUAUGACAUUGUGCAUCCACGAAUUUCGCCUAUCUUUUCUCGUAAGGAGGAAGACCACCUCGAGAGACGCAAAGUGUGGAGUCGAGCAUUAUCAACUAAAUCAAUUCGAGAGUACCUGCCACGCAUCCUCCAGCAGAUCGGGACAUUAGAAUCAAUCAUCGACAACGUGGACAGCCAGCCUGUGGUGCCGAACGACAUCAUGCAGUGGUUUGCCUUUGACUCAAUGGGCGAGUUUGCUUUCAAUGAAAACUUUGGUAUGAUGAAGACCAAGACCUGGCACCGCGCGAUCAUGCAGCAGCGCUCGGCACUCGCGAUCCUUGGCUCGCUCAAUCAUACGGUGUGGGCGAUUCGGUUGGCGUUUGCGUUCUUGGCUCGCUUCUGGCGGGUCAAGGACUGGAUGGGAAUGAUCUCGUUCUGCGACCAGUGCAUGGAACGAAGACUCAAGACCGAGGCUACCCAGCCCGACAUUGCAGCUCAUUUCAUCAAAGAGUACCACGCAGGAAAAAAUGAUCGGAACCGGGCGAGCAAGAAGCAACUGCUCAGUGGAAACACGGUUUCCGUGAUUGUGGGUGGAAGGUAUGGACUUUCGAGCUUUGUGCUUAUUCGAUCCUCAUGCUCACUUCUUAUCAGCGACACGACUGGCCCUAGUCUCAUCCUGUUGUGGUAUUUCAUGGCUUUGUAUCCCGAGCAUGCCGAGCGCGUAUACCAGGAGGUGAAGGACAUUGAUCCUUCCGACAUCAGUACACUAGCCUUAUUACCGAUUUUGAAUGGCUUCAUCAAUGAAACAAUGCGACUUAUCCCGGCCGCUCUCACCAUGGGCACGCGCGUCACUCCUCCAGAAGGGAUGACAAUAGAUGGGACCUACAUUCCUGGCGGGAUCAAGCUCGCCGCGCCCAAGUACACAAUUUUCCGCAUGGAGAGCGCGUUUGAAGAUCCACUGUCCUUCGUCCCGGAACGCUGGUAUAGCCGACCAGAAAUGGUGCGCGAUAAGAGCGCUUUUGCCCCCUUCGGUGUUGGUCGCCGUGUUUGUGUUGGCAAGAAUCUAGCCCUUACCCAAAUCCGCCUGGUGGCGACGAUAUUGCUCUCUCGCUAUCGGGUCCGCUUUGCGCCUGGUGAAACUGGCGAAGCUGUGGAGCGCGACAUGCGAGACCAACUCACUGCACAGCCUGGUCGGUAUGAAGUGGUAUUCGAGCCUCGA